UCAACAGCAGAAGAAAUAAAGUUGCCUCGGGAGAAAUUCGCUCCUUACCCGCAGCGGAAAAUAUGAUAAAAUUGCGAUGGAACAAAGAUUUGGAAAUAUCAGCUCAGCGAUGGGCAGAUCAGUGUGUGCAAAGUAGUUUGAAUGAUGGCAUGGACUCGUGUAGAGAUUUAGAGUAUAUGCCAGUAGGUCAAAAUAUAGCUACAAUAUAUGGCGAGGCACCGGGAUUGACACCAACAUCGAUGAUUGAUUUGUGGUUUGUGGAGUUACUUAACAUGAAUGCGUCAAUUUUGUCUCGUUACUUACCAUCUUCAAUAACAGGAAUGCAACACUACGAUUACUUUACACAACUUGUGUGGGGCAACACUACUGAUGUUGGCUGUGGUGGAGUUAAAUUUAAAGAAAUAGGCAUUGAAUCCGGCUCGUACCAGAACAGAACAGUCAAUAGGUUGGUAUGUAAUUUUGCACCGGCCGGCAAUCUUCACUUUAAACCUGUAUAUAGUUUUGGCUCAUCAAGCUCUCGAUGUGAUUUUGGAAGCAACUGUGACUCUGAAUAUACAUACUUAUGUUCUUCAAGAAUAACUUCUACUGAUUUUGGUUUUAUAAGUUAUUAUGAUAAUAAUAAUCCACAUGUAGGCAAUGAUGUAAAUUUUGAUACCAUUAGCAAUGCAACAGAUUUGUCAAAAGAUGCUAAGUUUGGUAUAAACUCAGAUGUUGAACAUACUGUAGCUACAACGCAAAAAAUUUACGAAAGUAUUGACACACAGUUUGAUUAUUUUUCUGAUCUGUUUGAGGUGACUAAGUCACCCAUCUUACAAACGGAACAAGGUCCAACCAAAUGUAAAGAGGUUUUGGCUGUAGACGAAUUUAUUGAAUUAUUGAAAAGUAAAAUCAGUAACGACCACAUAUUGAAAGAUUUGUUCCAAUUGACAACUAGAUUGCCGAACACCGAGCCCAUGUUCGUAGACGGCACUGUAGCAGCUAUUGUAAAACAGCUAUAUAGCAAAAAAGAAACACCAACAACGAGUAAAUCAACAGACAGUGAUAGUUUAAAUUCAACACUCUUGGUUGAUUUAGUAGAAGCUAUUAUAUUUAGACACAGCGAUAAAUAUACAAGUACCGAAGACACAAAACUGCUCACCCCAAUUGUUUCUGACGUAAGGCCUGUCAAAAUACGACCAGAACUCGGAGAAGUUAAAUUCAACAAAGAGUUUACAGGACACUAUUUUUUUCCUGAAGAAGAAAAAGAGGAAACGGAACAAGAAACAUCUGACUUAUAUGACGAAAUCAUUCCAACAUCCGAAAUAUCACUAGAAAUCGAAGAAUUAAAAAGAGACCAUGGUACGAAAGAUUUCUUAGAGGAAAUUCUUGAAUCGGACUUUAUUUCAGAAGGCACAAUGAAGAAUAAUAUUUUACCAACUAUAAAUGAUCCAAAUGGUGGCUAAAUUUAGAGAAAUCUACAUUUAAAAAAUAUAAAAGACUGAAAAGAAAAACCUGUGACGAUUUAUUUAUAAAUUACAUCGAUUUGUUGAAAAAAUUAGCCACUGAUUUAAGAAAUUUGAAGUUAUAUGAAAAAUUCCAUUGUUCUUAUAACUCUACAGAGAAGGUGUCGCCUUAUAUUAUUCGUUUAGGCGUUAUGGCUUCCAUUGUUUGUAUUUUUCAAGUUACUUAUAUAAAUUAAAAUAAA